UUCACUGUACGUGACGACGAGCUGUGAGAGGAGAGCAGAGAUAUAUAUUCGAACUUUUCCACAAUUACCUACGCAAAAAAACAAAGACUUUCUGUCUGUUGAGCGGCUACAUGGAGCUAUUUUAUAAGUAAACUCGACUCUGGCUGUAUUGAAAUCGCGGAAGGACUGUUUUCAUCUCUUAAAAGACAGGUUACCGGAGGAAAGUUUAAAUCCCGGUGAGAUCAGGGGGAAGGACUUUGUCUGCUGAAGGAGUUGUCGUAUUUCGCCGUCCCACGCUGAACUCCACAGCAUGUCUGACAAGUGUUGCGCUGUGUAACCGGUUCGUCCAGCUCGCCGAGGAGUUUCGUCAGCUGCUUCUCUGACUUUGCAGGUAAGCCGCUGAGGAGGUUCGCCUCUCUUCCAGAAGGUCUCUGUGAAGGCCGUUGGACGACAAUGGCUGGCUUGAGCAAUGCCCACAUGAAAACCCUGGAGGACCUAACUCUGGACUCGGGCUACGGGGCGGGGGACUCUUGCAAAUCCCUCAGCCUGUCCUCCUCAAAGUCAAACUCCCAGGCAUUCAUGACGGCCCCUCACCGGGGGAACUGGUGGUACUACUCCGGCUCCAUGAAUAGCAGAAACAACAGCUGGGACACGGUCAACACUGUCCUUCCAGAAGACCCAGAGGACAUCUUCUCCAAGUGUCCACGCUUACCUGAACUGGAAGAGUUUCCAUGGACUGAGGAGGAGGUGGCCAAAAUACUGCGUAAAGUGGCCGAAAGUGGGAGCAUGAAAUGGGGGACUACACCUGUGUUCUCACCGGAGGCUGUGAGGCGGCUGUCCACCCUUCUCCGCAGGGCUCUGAUCCGCAUUUCCAGAGAGGCUCAGCGUCUCAGCGUCAUGCACUGCCGUUGCACACGCUUCGAAGUGCAGAGUGCCAUGAAGUUGGUGCUCAGCUGGGCCCUCGCCGACUACUGCGUCUCUGCUACAGUUAAGGCCAUCUCCUUGUACAGCAUGAGUGCCGGUGAACUAUUGAGGAAAGGCAAGUCCGCCCGCUGCGGCCUCUCCUUCUCUGUGGGACGCUUCUUCCGCUGGAUGGUGGACACCCGCAUCUCCGUGCGCAUCCACGAGUAUGCGGCCAUAUGCCUAACUGCAUGCAUGGAAGCCUUGGUGGAGGAGAUAGGUGCCCGGGUGCUGAUGGCCGAGAGGGGUCAUUCAGGGCCUGAUUUGGGGUCAGGGUGCACCACGGUGAGUGCAGAGGCCAUGGAGGGGGUGGUCAACAAUGACGCGGAGCUGUGGGGAGUCCUGCAACACUAUGAGCACCUCAUCUGCGGGAAGAACGCUAAUGGUGACUUGGUGUCCCGUGCAAUGCACCACAUGCAGCGCCUGAGCUCAGUACGUCCAGGGCUGAGCCCUGCCCGCCAUGCCCGUCCUCAACAGCCUGUGUCCUGGUCGCCUGACGCCCUCCACACCCUUUACUACUUCCUGCGUUGCCCACAAAUGGAGUCCAUGGAGAAUCCCAAUCUGGAUCCCCCACGCAUGGCACUUAGCAAAGAGAGGCCUUUUCUGUUGCUGCCACCUUUAAUGGAGUGGAUGAGGGUGGCCAUAGUUCAUGCCGAGCAUCGCAGGAGUUUAUUAGUGGACAGCGAUGAUGUCAGACAGACGGCGAGGCUUCUCCUUCCAGGAUUGGACUGUGAGCCGAGACAACUGAAGCCCGAGUGUUGCUUCAGCUCCUUCAAGCGUCUCGACUCCAAAGCUGCCUCUGAUAAGUUCCACCUUGAUUUGGGUUUCCGGAUGCUCAACUGCGGUCGCACAGAUCUUAUUGGCCAAGCAAUUGAUCUACUGGGACCAGAUGGGGUGAACAGUAUGGAUGACCAGGGUAUGACCCCUCUGAUGUACGCCUGCGCAGCUGGAGACGAAGCCCUCGUCCAGAUGCUGAUUGAUGCUGGGGCCAACCUUGACGUGGCGGUACCACCCUGCUCCCCCAAGCACCCCUCUGUGCAUCCUGAUAGUCGACACUGGGCAGCCCUCACCUUUGCAGUGUUGCAUGGACACAUUUCUGUGGUGCAGUCUGUGGCCUGCAUUCCUCUGUGGGAUCAUCUGAAAGCAACAUGUAGCUCGAGCAACUAUGAGAUGGUGAGUUUGCUACUGGCACGAGGCGCCGACCCCUUAUCAAAGAACCAUGGUGGAAACGCCCUUACAUCAUCCCUCUAUGAGGACAUGAACUGCUUCAGUCAUGCUGCUGCACAUGGACACAGGAACGUGCUGAGAAAGCUACUGACUCAGCCGCAGCAAGUCAAAGAGGACGUCCUGUCUCUGGAGGAGAUCCUGGCUGAGGGGGUUGAAGAUGAGACGGCCGGGAUCUGCCCUUUCGUCCAUCUUUCCCCUCUUCCCAACUCUUCCAACGGUCCCCUGCCGAUGCCAGAAGUGGGCAUACCAAGGCUCUGCAAAGCCAGGAUGAAGGCUCUCCAAGAGGCCAGCUACUACAGCGCCGAGCAUGGCUACCUGGACGUCACCAUGGAGCUGCAUGCUAUGGGCGUGCCAUGGAAACUACACGUGUGGCUGGAAUCUCUUCGCUGCGCCCAGCAGCAGUCCAGGACAGGGGUCACCCUCUCCCUCCUCAAAGACUUUACCACAAUCAAAGAGGAGGACUACUGCGAGGAACUGGUCACCACAGGCCUGCCCCUUAUGUUCAAUAUUUUGCGCACCACAAAGAGUGACGCCAUUACACAGCAGUUGGCAGCUAUUUUUAGUCACUGUUUUGGCCCAGCACCCCUCCCAGCCAUCCCUGAGAUGAAGGCAACUCUUUCAGCACAGUUGGACCCACACUUUUUGAAUAACCAAGAGAUGUCAGAUGUGACAUUUGUGGUUGAGGGAAAACCAUUCUACGCACACAGAGUGCUUCUGGUUACUGCCUCUGACCGAUUCAAGUCUUUGCUGGCAUCAUGUGGAUCAGAUGGAAGCUCCGAUAAGGAGAUUGAGAUCAGCGAUGUCAAGUACAACAUAUUUCAGAUGAUGAUGUCAUACCUGUAUUGUGGAGGAACUGAGUCACUGAAAAAGAAGGUGUCUGACUUACUAGAGCUGUUGUCAGCUGCUAGUUUGUUCCAGUUGGGGGCGCUACAGAGACAUUGUGAACUCAUCUGCUCUCAACAUAUCAGCCUAGAUAAUGCAGUGAGCAUCUACAAAACUGCUAAGGUUAAUGGUUCGGUGGAGCUGAGCUCGUUGUGUGAAGGUUACUUCUUGCAGCAGAUGCCUGCCCUGCUGGAAAGAGAGAGUUUUAGGAGCCUGCUGUUGGGACCCCCGGGGGCCCGACAAGGAAACAACUCCACUUCGACGCUGACGCACAGCCGGGGUGACUCGCUUGCGGAGGAGCUGGAGACCACCCUGGCUCAACGACUUCGCUCUCUCUACGUCACUUCCCGUGUCUGAAGACAACAUGGCAGAUGCUGUUGAGAGAGGACAGAAAUAAGUGGAUAAAUGUGGCAAUUAAGAAGUCUCACCUUUUCACUGAUACAGAAUCAGAUCUGAAGUGUUUCAAAUACAGAAGUUUUCUUGGUAAAAUCUGAUUUUUGUGUGUUAAGGAGCAAUAUUUUGACACGGGCACAGAUUGGUGAGAUGCCUGGCAGUGAUUUACUCUGUGGGCAACUCGGCAUUUCAUACUUUGGGCCGAGCACUCCAUGAAAAUGUUUUUUGUGACGUGCAGCGUUCCGAAGAAGAAAAUAUGACACCUUUUCUCCAGGGCUCACGAGGCUUUACUGGACGAGCAACAAGUUGAAAGUCUGAAUAAUAAGACAACGCUGCCCUCUAAUGGACAAAGCUUGCAACAUAAAUAAUUGCCCUGGAGGAUUGGGAUCAGUGGCAGCCUCACAGUUUUGACUGAAGCAAUGUAAAGUGAUUACAGACUGAAGCCUUUAUUGAAGAAUUGAGUGAGGUGGCCUUUUGAUGCUGGACUUUAAACUUUCUGUUCUAUAGUACUGCAUAGUGGGAGCAAGGCUGCAGCCUUAAACUCCCUGCAUCAAUGUAAGCUUCCGAUUAACAAAUCUACUUUUUUAAUGUAAAAGCUUUUAUUUUCUGUUUGUUUUUGUUUUUUAAGUACGAUGAGAGUAAUGAAACAUUUCAGAAGAGUGGGAUGGACAUUUUCUAUUUAAUGAGGAAAAAGAUGUGAGAGUAUUUAACGGGGUGUCCCCUUUUUUAUUUUUAUUUUAAUCAAAGCAGAUUAUUAGUAUGGAAAAAAAAAUGCUUCUGCUGUUUUACCAGGUACGCUCUAACAGUUUAUUAAGCUUGUGUAUGCUGAGGUUUAAUGCUUCGACACAGGUACAGCUGCGGAGGCUAACGUGGGAUUUGGACGACAAGAGUCUGUUUUUGUGCUGGAUACAUUAUUAAA